AUGGAGCCUACCCAUGACGAUACUGCUCCGGACGUACCACUCAUCGGUGACCACGAAGCAGACAACCGCCAUGCAUCUUCCCUCCUUCUGAGUUCAUCCGGAAAUGCUUUCACUUGGGUAUUGACCAUUUCUGCUUGUGUUUCUGGCUUGCUCUUCGGGUAUGAUACGGGCGUUAUCAGCGGCACACUGGUUUCCAUCGGCACCGACUUGUCCUCCCGGGAAUUGACGAACCUCGACAAAGGCCUGAUCACCUCCUGUACGAGCUUCUUUGCCCUCGUUGCAAGCCCAAUCUCAGGUGUCUUGGCUGAUAGAGUGGGAAGGAAGCAUGUGAUCCUCUUUGCAGACGGUCUUUUCACAUUGGGUGCGUUGUGGCAGGCCUUUACAAGUUCGGUGUGGGGCAUGAUACUGGGUCGAAGCAUAGUCGGACUUGCAAUCGGAGGAGCGAGCAUGAUCGUGCCUCUCUACAUAUCUGAGCUUGCGCCUGGGCAUCUGAGAGGCAGGCUUGUCACAGUGUCGCUGCUGUUCAUCACCGGCGGGCAGGUCAUUGCCUAUGUAGUCGGAUGGGCUUUCUCCGGCACCAGAGGUGGGUGGCGGUGGAUGGUCGGGCUUGGUGCAGUUCCAGCCAUCGCACAGCUUGUGAUGUUGACACUCAUGCCUGAGACGCCACGAUAUUUAGCCCGGGUCCAAAAAGAAGCUGAAGCAAGGGCUGUACUGUCAAAAGUCUACCGGGGAAUGGUGCCCGACACGACCGGCAUUGUCGAAGACAUCAUUUUGGCAAUCAGAAAGGAACUCCUCGCCGAGGAGGAGGCUCACGUGCAGCUCAAAAGCUCUGAAUCUCGAUCGGCUCUCAUGCCGCCUGUUCUACACUCUCUUCUUUUCCAUCCUCCCCACGCACGAGCUCUCAUGAUCACAUGCACCUUGCAGGGCCUCCAGCAACUUUGCGGAUUUAACAGCCUGAUGUACUUCUCGGCAACCAUCUUUCAGAGGCUUCACUUCUCCUCGCCAACUUUGAUCGCACUCAGUGUUGCUGGAUCAAACUUCUUGUUCACGCUGGCCGCCUUCAGUCUCAUCGACCGCAUUGGACGACGACGCAUCUUGUUGAGAACCAUUCCGAUCAUGGUGGUGUCUUUGCUGUUGUGCGCCGUGGCAUUUUCGUAUGUUCCCAAGGCGUCGGAGGAUCAAUUAGACGCCCCGACCAGCAAAACCGAGUUGCCCGCAGAUUCGCGGCUUCCCGCCGUGGGAAUCUUGUGUGCACUGCUUCUCUACGUGUCGACGUAUGCAGUUGGCCUCGGUCCAGUCCCGUGGCAACAGUCCGAACUAUUCCCCCUCAGUGUGAGAUCUCUGGGAUCUAGUAUAGCCACUGCCACAAACUGGGGCUGCAAUACCAUCGUUGGACUGACCUUCCUCCCAAUGAUGGAGCUGCUUACUCCCAAAUGGACCUUUGCCUGUUAUGCCGCCGUCUGCGUCGCAGGCUGGGUCGUCAUCUACCACAUCUAUCCUGAGACCAUGGGCCUAGGGUUAGAGGAGGUGGCAGACUUGCUAAAAACCGGUUGGGGAGUCAGGGAGAGCAUGGAGAGGCUAAGGAUCUUGAAAUCACGGAGAUUGAAUUGA